GCUCGCUGGGCCGUUCGCUUUUGGACCAAAAACACGGCUCCGUCGGUGACUUUUGGGCCGAUAUAGGCGAACAGAAAACACAAGUGAAAGAGCAUUUGGCCAGCCCAGAGAAGCCGAGCUGGGUGCCUUGAGUCUACAUGGUUCUCAUGUCGCGUUUAAGGCCAGCCCCCUGCUCGGUGUGGAGCUUCAAUAGCGCAGAGCAGCGUCUACAGCAAACUACUCCUCGCAGACCGUGUGUGUGUGUGUACCGGACCAAACGACAGACAGACAUGGCAGAAGUCGCACCAGCACCCGCAGCCGCAGCGCCGGCCAAGGCACCCAAGAAGAAGGCAGCAGCCAAGCCCAAGAAAGCGGGACCCAGCGUAGGAGAGCUCAUCGUCAAGGCUGUGACCGCCUCCAAGGAGAGGAGCGGCGUGUCCCUGGCCGCGCUCAAGAAGACGCUGGCGGCAGGCGGCUACGACGUGGAGAAGAACAACUCCCGCGUCAAGAUCGCAGUCAAGAGCCUCGUCACCAAGGGCACCCUGGUCCAGACCAAGGGCACCGGUGCAUCCGGCUCCUUCAAGCUCAACACGAAAGCCGUCGAGGCGAAGAAGCCCGCCAAGAAAGCCGCAGUCCCCAAAGUAAAGAAGGUGGCCGCCAAGAAGCCCGCCGCGGCGAAGAAGCCCAAGAAGGUAGCAGCCAAGAAGGCCGUCGCCGCAAAGAAGUCCCCCAAGAAGGCCAAGAAGCCCGCUACACCCAAAAAGGCCGCCAAGAGCCCCAAGAAGGUGAAGAAGCCUUCCGCAGCGGCCAAGAGCCCCAAGAAGGCUACAAAGGCAGCCAAGCCCAAAGCCGCCAAGCCCAAGGCAGCCAAGGCCAAGAAGGCAGCCCCCAAGAAGAAGUAA